AUGUCUCCGCCGGCGCCGCCGCAACAUCACCACAACCCAUCGGGUCAUCCGCCACAUCAGCAGCCGAUGCCUGCCAUUUAUUACGAGCCAGGUUACAAUCCUCCGCCGCCACAUGGUCCUGGCUACAAUCCACCGCCGCCACAUGGUCCAAACCAAUCAGAGCCUGGUUAUAUAUAUUUAAUCCUUAGCGAGGAUGCAUUGGAGGUCCGGGCGGGUGGUGAUGGUGGUCAUGGUGCGGAGGGCCGUGGUGCGGAGGACCGUGGUGCGGCGGGCCGUGGUGCGGAGGACCGUGAUGCGGAGGACCGUGGUGCGGAGGCCCGUGGUGCGGAGGCCCGUGGUGCGGCGGGCCAUGGUGAGGUGGCCCAUGGUGGUGGUGCGGAGGUGGUGGCGGCAUCGUGGUUUGCUGAACUACAGUUGAAUAAGGUCGGCACUCAUAACAAUUUCGGAAUUCCCAAUAUACCGCUAUAA